AUGGGAGAUUGCAAUCUUUGCAAGAAGAGAGAUGAGUCCGGGUUCUGUUUGCUUGGAGAGAAAGUGAGUUGGAGAAACAUCUUUGGGCAUGCCGUGGUACAUUUCCAUAUCUACCUAUCUUCUUCUGAUUUAUCGAUUGUUUUCUGCGCCAAUGCUUUUCUGCAACUGAUGCUACAAAUUGGGGCUGAUCGAGUUUCGGAGCUCUACGAUCUUCAGAAUUGGUAUCCGCUCCUGCUCACUGCCAAUCCUGAGAAGACCCUUUUGCCCAAACUGGAGUUUUUCCGUUCCGUAGGCUUUUCAGGGCCUGACCUUGCCAGUAUUGUCGUUGCUAGCCCACAGAUCUUGAGAAGGAGCUUGGAAAAUCAUGUUAUUCCUAGUUAUAAUUUCCUCAAGAGCGUAGUUAUGGUCAAUGAAAAUAUUGUGAGGGCUCUCAAUAAGUCAUACUGGCUUAAUGGUCAAAGCUUGCCAAACAUCAUCGUUCCAAAUAUUGAAAUUCUGAAAGACAUUGGAGUUCCCAUGUCAAAUAUUUCGUUUUUGGUGACAUGUCACCCUAGUGCAGUGUCCCAAAACAAUGUGAAGUUUGCUAGAAGUGUCAAGAUGGUUAUUGAAAUGGGAUUUGAUCCUUUGAGAGUUAAGUUUCUGAAAGCAGUUCAAGUGAUCGUUGAAAUGGCUGAAUCAAUGUGGGAGCAUAAAAUGGAGGUUUAUAGGCGGUGGGGUUUGACAGAUGAUCAGAUUAUGUUGAUGUUCAGAUUGGAUCCCUUAUGUAUGAAGUCAUCGGAGAAGAAAAUAAUGAGUGUGAUGGAUUUUUUAGUUAAUAAGAUGGGUUGGGAACCUGCGGCUAUUGCUAGAUAUCCAACAGUCUUUUUGCGCAGUCUUGAGAAGAAGAUCAUUCCAUGGUGUUCAGUGGUGAAAGUUCUUCAAAUGAAGGGGUUGGUGAAUAAGGAUCUGUGUGUGAGUUUUUUAGGCUCUGGUGAGAAGAAUUUCUUCAAUAGGUUUGUGGUGAGAUAUGAGCAAGAUGUUCCUGAGCUUUUAAAUGUAUAUCAAGGAAAAAUUGGUAUUUUGGAACUUGGCCUCAUACUUGAGAGGAUAUGGGAGAAGAAACAAUUGUAG